CACAUCAUCCGUGCUUGUGGUCGACUGAAGCGACUCGCCAAGCGUUUCAGGGCGACGCUACCGAAUGUGGAUGGUACAAUCUGGGAUACGAUACAAACGAUGGACAACGCACUUCGGACACAGAUCGAUACGUAUAACGAACACGCUGGCGCUCCGGUUGAAGCCAUUGCCUUCCCACCGACAUUGACGGAUAAGGAAGAAACAUGGACGGGAUGGAUACGUGACAUCAAGAAGUACUGGCACGAUGCCAUACAAUUCAUGCAGGCAGAACGAGAGAGCAUCAAGCGCACAAAGAUCAAGGAGGCGAUAGACAGCCGGUGCGACCAGAUGCGUGGGAACCCCGGCAAAAUGCUUGAUAGCAUUCUCGACCGCCAUCGUGGGAAGGUGGUCAUUGAUAGAGUACAGCAGACAAUCAACGGAAAUGUUGUCAGUGUCAAGGAGGGCGACCAAGUGAAGGACACCGUUAAGAGACACUUCAAUGAGUGGCAUGGCAGGCGGGAGGUGCAGCCAUUAGACGAUCACCCACGAUGGAAGGCACAAUACGAACCUAAAGAGUGGAUUGACCCAACAUGGUACAAUGGCUUGAUGGACCCACCAUCCAUGGAAGAGCUUCUCGCGGCGCUGAAAGAAUCACCCAAGGCUAAAGCAGCAGGAAUAUCAGGGGUAGCAAAUGAUCUUUUCUUGAAGCAAGGAGGUGUGGGCGACUACAUUUUGUUCCAGCUGAUCUGUGCGUGUUUGCUCCAAGAAGACGUUCCUUUUGAGUGGAAGACGGGGAUCGUUUAUUGCAUCCCCAAGGCAACGGAGUGGUCAGGUAGUCUUGCUGAUGUGCGUCCAAUCACGCUAUUGGAACAUGGCCGCAAGCUGCUUUUUUCCAUCAUCACGAGUCGACUGAGUGCUAUCCUCUCGAAACACGAUAUCCUCAAGGGUCCCAACUUCUCGGUUCUCAAGGGCACCACGACCAAGGAUCCCAUCUAUGUGCUGCAAGCUACCCUGGAGGAUGCACGAGAAUUCAAAAAAGAAUAGUGGAUUGUUUUUCAGGAAUGAAGCGGUGUUUCGAUUCUGUGUCGUGUGGGACAGACGGAAUGCUUGCUAGAGGACUACGACGCAUACGGAUCCCGGAAAGUCUCAUUCGGUUAUGUGUGACGAUUGCAGAGACAAAGGAGAACAGGAUCAUCACCGACUACGGCGUCACGGAUGGCUAUCACCCUCAGUGCGGGCUGGACCAGGGUGGGGUCGAGAGUCCAUUGAUGUGGAGGAUAUCAUACGACGCUUUAUUGUGUGAAGUGAUGGAGUCGUGCACAGGAUACACUCUCAAUGGACCU